AUUAUUUUCCCGAAAUUGGCUGGUUCAACAAUAGGCCAUCACCUACAAAGUUAGGUGUCAAGGACGGAAACUGUUUGAGGGUUUUCGCCCGACCCUUGUCGCCGAAUUCUGGCUGCACGAUUAGUUGCUGUAUGUAGCUAUGUACCAUAGAGUACAUUCUUGACGUAAGAGUGCCCCCUCGCUGUCACAGUACGAGUGGUCGAAGCACGGGAAAUAAUGAGAAUCCUGGAUAGACGAUGUUAUCACGUUUGCUCGUCAUACACAUCUACUGAUAUGUUCAUUACGAUUAUUAUUGUUGUAGCUGCCAUGAUCAGCCUACGCAACGCUUUUUUGUUAAGCAUUGGGUAGCCUCGCCCUGGGCGCUCAUGGCGGACCCCCUGUUGUGAAGGACUUCCCGGGUUACAAACAACGCAAUGGCGGUCAUCGCACCUUUUCUGCAGCAGCAGCUCUACGAUGAGGCUGUCAAUGAAAUGGCCGACGAGCUGCGGCUCAAGGCCAACAUUCUUGACAGCAGCGACAGCGAUACCCUCGAAGACACCAGCAAAAGGGGCAAUCAACAGCUGUGGAAUAAUUCCCAGGAACAGCAGGUGCUUGUACCGAAGCGCAAUGUGGAAGCACUUCGGCGGCGGAAACGGACAGGUGCCCCUUCCGGGCAGGAGAAGGUCAGCAACUGGCUGCUCGGCUCCACGGACUGGAGCAGGCAGUUCCAGCGCUCGUACACAACAGGCGGUGCGCCCUCCAGGCUCCUCAAGCACCGCAACGCCGCUGGCGGGCUGGCCCUGGGGUUCAGCGCGGUCCCGCUGCGUCACGUCGUGUCUCGGGACCUUGGCAGCUGGUGGCUGCGCUUCAACUUGCACGGCAGAAUGGACUCUGCUUUCCCAGUGAUCGCGCCGCACACAUGGGCCAAAACCGCUUGGGACCUGUUCAUCAUGGUGUUGGUGCUGUACAACUCGGUCCUGGUACCGCUCGCGUUCUCGUACGGCCUGCCGGACUGGCCUGCGCUGUUCAUCCUGGAGUGGGUGAUGACGUUUCUGUACCUGGUGGACAUGGCCGUCAGCUUCCGAACGGGCUACUAUGACGACGACGGAAACGUGGUCCGUGACAGCUGGCCCGUGGCCCGUAACUACUUGAAAACCUGGUUUCUCAUCGACUUCUUCGCAACUGUUCCGUUCGAUGCCAUCGGGGCAGCCGCUGGCAUGGGGAGCGGCCGGUCUCAGCUGAUGAUCCUCGCGUUCCUCAAGACGCCGCGCCUGCUACGACUGAUCAAGAUGAGCCGGCUUCUGGACCGAAUUCGCAAUGGAAACCUGCUCCGGGUGUUGCAGCUCUUCCUCCUAAUGCUCAUGAUUGCUCACUGGCUGGCAUGCACCUGGUACAUCAUCAGCGAGUAUGCGCCGCAGCAGGAGCAGUGGGGCUUCGACACGCUGCACGACGGCAAUAAAUUUACAUGGUACUUAUCUGCAUUCUACUCGUCCUUCUUGCUGCUGGUCGGCGAUAACGCAGUUGCACUCAACAACUACGAGCGUGUGUUCUUCGUCGUUGCGCUCCUGUGCGGGGCCUGCUUCUACUCGGCAGUGGUGGGAAACAUGGCGCUGCUGGUAGCAAACUUGAACACCGUUGCCGUGCGAUACAGGCAGCGGUUAGACAUGACACAGGACGCGCUGCGAUACAUGCGCGUUCCUGAAGCACAAAUAGAGCGUGUGCAGGCAUUUUACGACUAUAUUACUUCCUUCAACCACCCUUCCGCCGAGGGUCUUGGCUUUCUGUCGGAGUUGACCAAGGGCAUCAAUGAGGAUUUGCAUAUGUUCCUGCAUGAGGAGCCCCUAAAGCGGAUAUACUUGUUCAAGGACUGCGAAACGGCGUUCAUCCGCUCUCUCGGCAUGCGCAUGAAGAUUGUGACGUUCAUUCCUAGAGAAAUUAUUUUUCGCCAGGGCGACCUAGGCCAUGAGAUGUACAUCAUUCGGGGGGGCUGCGUGGCCGUAGUAAGCAAGACCAAGGAAAUGAUGAGCAUGCUGAAGGCCGGGGACUUCUUCGGGGAGAUUGCCCUACUGACACAGGCACGUCGUACUGCAGAAUGCAUUGCCUUGACAAACUGUGACCUCGCCGUACUCAACUCCAUAGAGCUCAAGAUCCUGAUGAAGGAGUUCCCGGACAGUGCGCACCGGCUGCAGGCGGCCGCGCGGGAGCGGCUGCACCAGCUGCAGAUCGCGGGCCGUGCGGGGGGCCGCCAGGAUCACGACCUGAGUGAUGAGGAGGGCGAGGAGGAGAAACAGGAGCGGGCGGAGCUGCGUCGGGCGCGCAUGAAGGCCAUUGCACGCUUCACGACGGAUCGCGCCCCCAGUGUAUCACGGCAAGCCAAGCAGGCACCACACCAGGCUGCGCUCAUCCAACAGCUUGAAGAGCUCCGUGUCCAAGCAGCCCUCCAGGAGCAACGGGAGUGGUCCGCGCGGCAGGCGGAGGCUGCUGAGGCUUCCGCUGGCGUCGUGGAUUGCGGGACUGGGAGCAUUAACGGCUUUGUUAGCAACAGCCUGGAUGGCUGUGUUGGUGAUCAGCUGGGGGGCGGUGACAGCAACGUGGCAGCUGUGCCGGACACUGACACGCGCGAACGCGGGCAAAGCAGCGGCCAGGCCAGCCGCCGCAGCAGCCUGAGUUUGGGUGAUUCGGCGCAGGGGGUGCUGGAUGGGCCGAGACGAGGAGCUGCUAGUAUGAUGGUGGUCGGGACGUCUAACCCGGCGGCGCCGGGUCCAAGCAGGCCGGCUUCUGCCCCACGUCAGGUCUCGGUUUCGAGCCUCCUAGCUGCCAACGCCGCACGCACCUCACAGCUUGAGGGUGCAGCUCCGAAUGCUACAUGUAGUAGCAGCAGCAGCAGCAGCCGGAACAGCGAACACGGCAUGCAUGUCACUUCGCUUGUCCGGCGUCCGUCGCCCCGGCCUUCCGACGCGGCAGACGCACCCAUGCGCCGGCGUUGUGUCUCAGCAACUGGCACACACCCCUGCAGCGCCACCGUGGAUGAGGGCUGCACUGCCCAACCGCCGCGUACCCGACCCUCCAGCCCCAUGCCUGGGUUGCCCCUGGCUGACCCCACGUCUGACCCGCCGGGCCGGUCCUCCAACCGGGCACAGCGGUUUCUUCGGAGCAAUCCAGGGGAGAGCAGCUGUGCGCCGGCUGGAGCGGCGGGGCAUCCAGCCCUUGCCAGUGCAGCAUCCAAGCAGCUCCCGCCCAACACGCCCGUGCCAGAAGCCCCGGCUCAGUUUGACGCAGUCGAGCACUUCCAGUCCCCACAAUCCUCAUUGGCACGUUCGUGGGGGGCAUCCGGGGGUGGUCAGGAGGAGGAGGCCGCGGUGGAGGAGGCUGCGGAGGAGGCGGAUGUGGCCGCGCCGCCUCAUGAGUGGCAGGUACCAGCUCCCGCACGCCCCCGUGGCUCGGGGCCCGUGUCAGAAGGAGUGGAAGGCAGGGCACUGUCGUUUACAAAGCAGGCUGCUUCUGCGGCGCAGGCAAAGGCCCUGCGCCCUACUGCAAGCAGCCUGCAGCAUUCUUUGGCAGCAGCAGCAGCUACGACGCCCAGCGACGCGCUGAAUGCUUCACUUCAUGCUUCCGAAUCCAUGGAGACGAGGAGGGGCUUGUUCAAAGCAGCCGUUCGAGGCGCCGACGGGGGAGGCUUAGAGGCUGCGGAUAGGGAGGACUCGAUGCGAUCGUCAUUAGAGGCAACGGCCUCAGCCCUGCGUGAGCUGCAGCUGCAGCAACAGCACCCACAGCAGUCGUCCUUUACCAGCAGCCACAAGGCCUCCUCUACGGGUUACACAACACGCCCUGCAGCACUCAUCGGUACGGCAACCACAACAGCGCGAGAGCGCCGGCGUUCCCACCUCGGCCCGCACGGCACGCCUUUUGGUGGGCCCACGAACCCCUUUGCCGACUUGGAGCCUCCCUGUGGUGCUGAUAUGGGCCCACUGGCCAGGUCGCUGGAGCCGCCGCUGCAUACCGGCGCUGGCCUCCGAGCUGCUGCCGCCGUCCCUACUGGAAACUACGACAGCGGCCCUGUCUCCACUCCCUCAGAACCGGACGAUUCAAGGCUUGACCCAAAUCCGUCAGCCAGGACGCUACACCACCAGUCCACCUCGUUCGCCGCAGCCCUAGCGGCAACGGCUGCGAGUGUGGCGGCCAGGGUGGGCAAUGCACGACAGGGGGGUGUGCCUCGCAGCUCGGCACAGCACCCAAACCCCACGAUGGAGGGGUCCGCAGCUGCUCCCAUGGACACGCCCUCGGGAGCGCACCAUGGGGUGCUGGCGCACGUAGCUUCCAUGGGGGGUGCGUUUGGGCUGAUGAGAGCUAGCGGGUUGCUGCCUGGCAAGGCGUCUGAACCACAGCACGCACAGCACGCUGAGGCUCACAUGCGGUCUGCUGCUGCGCGGCGGGCUGAGGGAGCCACCCAUCAUUUGGAAGUGGCACAGUCCGGCACUCCGGCACGUGUGGGCACGGAGGGGGCUGUGCAUGGGGGCCAUGCAUUCAUGGAUCCGUCAGGGUCCCAUCGCCAGCAGCAGCAGCAGCAGCGUCACAGGGAGGACUCAGAGGCGUCCCGGGGCUCGCUGGUCCCUGCGGCCGCCCAUAGCUUCUUCUCUGCCUUGAUUGGAGGCGGCAGGGCGAGUCUACGGCGGUUUGCAACCACGGAGAUAUCAGCCGUGGAGAGCUCAAGUCACAGCACCACGGAUGGUUCCGCCCGGCUCGCAAAGCGCAUCUCCAGCGUCACCGCGCCGCAGCAUGCACUCCCACGGCACCUGGAGCCUUCCUGGAGCGGAGGCAAUACAGCAACCGGCAACGGCGAUGCUGGCUCGGCAGCCGGAGACGUCCCCGAGCGACCACCACCUGCCGAACGGCACCUCUGGCGCAGUCGCACAACUCUCACGCCCUUGGAGGCGAACCGGCAAUUCCACGCCCCCCACGGUCACUCCGCCCAGGGUCCUGACUCGACGGGCGAGGAUCCCGGCACCGCACCUUGGCACCCGCAAGACGGCUCCUGGCGACCCAGCGAUGAAGCCGGGGAGGAGAAGGCGGCCGUGCGGUCGGAGUGGGUUCGUGUGUCCAGGUACCGACUAGGCAAGGUCCGGCACAGCAGCCUCAACGCCCAUUCGAGCAGUGGUGGCGUGCCGUCGGGUGCGUUGCCCCCAGGCUAUUCGCUGGCGGCCCCGCCGGGCGCUGCGGCGGCGGGUGGGGGGCCUGCAAUGGGCGGCAGCAGCAGCGCGCAUGGUAGCGGGGUGGCAGCGGCAGCAGUGCAGGGGGUCCAGGGUGCGGGGCUGCUGCCGGCGCACCUGGCGGACCUGACACGACGUGAGGCCGAGGUCCACAGGCGGGAGUCACAGCUGCUCCAUCGGGAGGGGGAGGUAGAGCGGCGAGAGGGGGAGCUCGCCCACUGGCGAUCGGAGGCCGCCCGCUGGCAGGCCGAGGCGGCCCAACACCAAGCGGAUGCAGCACGAUGUCGGGCGGAGGUGGCCCGCUGCCAGGAGGAGAUGGCGUUUCAGCUGCAGCAGAGCACAACCGUCCACACAACGGUUGUGGAGCUGGUGGAGUCGAUUGUGAUGCUAAGCAGUAAGGUGGAGGACCUGGAGGCGCGGCUCGAGGACGCGGACGCCACCGCUGCCCGCAUUGAGGGGCAGCACGUGCACGGGCACGCGGACUUCCUGGGACUGGGGGCCGCUGGCCACUUGGCUCUCCACCAGACGGGUGACAUCCCCACUGCUUCUGCGAGCGGUGGCGGCAACAACGACCGCACCAGCCUCGGUGACCGGCCCGUCACGGCGGGUGCAGACAGGCAGGCGUCAGCCAACAUGCAGGUUGUCGGCAGGCGCACUAGCCUGCUGCACUACAACGUGGUUGGAAGCACCAGCAGGAGGUUUACGGACGCGCAGCCGCUGCUAGCAGACCGUGGCGGCGCCGCAAGCGGCAGACUCGCUGACCAGCUACUUGAUUCAGCCGACAUUGGAGACAAGCUGACCGGGGGUGGUGGCGACAAACGCACGCCAAGGAACGGGAUGGCUAGGCGGCUGAGCCUCUUCAUGACCAGCCAUAGCUUGAGCAACAACAACAACAGCGGCAGCAACGCCAGCUCCCCCACAAGGCUUGUGACAGACAGGCGGCUGAGCCUGCGACCUGUGGCGGAGCAGAAUGUCUUUGUGAUCAGCAGGGCACUCGAGUCCCCGAUCGGCGCCCAGUCCGAGGUCACAGCGCGCAGCAGCAAACGGUCAACGGUCAACGGUGACAGGCCAAUGGCAAACAACGUGGGUGCCAAGCGCUGGGGUUUAUUAUUGGGCGGCAACCAGCAGCGGCGUGACGGGGAGGACGGCGUCGUCGGCGGGCCGGCUCCACAGCAGCGGGAUCGGAGCAUUGCUGUUGAGAGGGCGUUUGGGUUCUCUUCAGGUCGCGUGACGCCUCUUGGCACUGGCAGCGGCGAUAUGGACAGUCGGAGCAACUCUCUGGCCGCCAGCAACACCGUGGCUCAACGGCGGUGGUCGAUGGUCAAGGAGGCCACCAUGGCAACGGCGGUUGUGAUCCCCGCCAGACGCGGCGCCUCAUCCUCAUUCUCAAAACAACAAGCGGCGGGCGACAACAGCCCAACACAAUCCACUUCCCAGCGGGUCACUUCGGCGGUUGCCAUGUCAACCGGUGCAAAGGCACACAAAUCGGGACAACAUGCUCUUCAGGCUGGACAGUUCGUGACUGCUGGGAUCAUGCCAGCGGCAGCAGCUGACAGCAGUCCCAUGCAUCAGCGGCUGGGGGGAUCCGGGGGCCUCGGCGGCAGUCCUCCUAGGUCCCCAGCUCCCCAACGCACCACUACUGCUGCUGCUGCUGUAGCACCUCCUGUUGGGGAUGUGCACCUCGGCGGGAGCGCGGUGCUGCAGCAAGGUCGUGCGAACAUUAGCUAUUCAGAAAUUGAGGAGCACUGAUGAUACGUAAGGCGAGGCCGCGGUUACCGAUAUCGCUGUAUUGAAAUAUACACAUUGCUAACCUGUAGCAACAGGAAUGUUUACAUACACGGCUCUUGGGGCUGCUGCGUACGAGUUAGUCUUUCUGUGCGCAUGGUCGCAAGCCUUACGGAUUUAGAUAUGAGCAACAACCUACCAGGUGCGAGCCAGCGGCUCAUGUGUCUUGCUGCUGGUGGGUCCUGCUUGCUUCUACACACUUUGAACCUGAGAACUACCUUGCUACCUCAUGCUCCUGCGGUUUAACCAAGUCAGACGUGGUAAUACCACAUACUUGGUCUGACUGGGUACCGCAGGUUCCUCCAGGUGCACUAGGUGUGGUUAGCUGCUAGCUGCGCGUCCCAGGGUGUCUUGCGGAGGUGCAGGCUGGGUUGAGUUUGUUGGUUUGUUCGGUUGUACCGAUAGCCUGGUAGCAGUUAACUCGAAAUAAUUGCUGUGCGUUCGCCCCUACUUUCUCUAUGUAUGCUGCUCCUUCUAGUCUGUCAUGCUGGCAGGACCAGAUUUUCUCCUGCCCCCUCCCCCCGGCAAACCUCUUUUCUCUUUCCCCCCCGGCAAACCUGUUAGGACCGCCUGCUCCUUGGUCCUUACUGGUUGGCCGGCUUGACGGGGAAGAAAUGAGAAGUGAAGCGCAGUCCCCUGUACCCUGUACGACUGGGACCAUCUGCCAACUGGGUUCUGGGUGUGUGUGGAGCUGAGUGCUUGGACGUAUCGUGCACCCGCACCCGUGUCCUGCACCCCGUUAGGGGCCAUUACCCCACAGCCCACACAGCCUAGUGGCAGGCUGGGCACUGCAUCUGUAAACUUGUGCGGCAGUUGUGUGCGAGUGACCAUUCAUGUGUACGAGCGAGUGCGCCGUGUGGGAUGUGCCUCACACGCCGUUGCAUGUAUCAUCAAGUAUGCUGCCAUUGUGGCAUGUUGUACGCUGCUAAGACAUGUGACUCGUCACGACUACAGGCGGCCGGCACGGUUGCAUGGUGCGGCUUACAACCCUAGACUGUCAAAACCUUGGUGGUUGCUUUGGUGCUAACUAACGGUACAAGUGACGGUGGUAUCGUAGGUGCUGUAUCGCCUAGUCGAACCUUGAAAAAUUACAUGCAGUGGCUUGGAAGUUGGAACUUUCAUGGGGUUAUCCCAGCGUGCUUAUUCAAGUUUACGGGAGUAAGCCAUGUGCAUUGUGUCACGUUCCGGCGAUUGGUUGCUGUUGACGGCGGCAUAACGUUCCGCCGGAGAGCGCUUUCCGGAGGAUGUGGGUAGCAUUUAUAGUAGCAGCAAGUGUGGGCAAGCAAGCCGUCCUGGUCCCGAGCAGUGGCUUGCUUCCGUCUUUUUUGCAUGUGGGGGGCACCCAUGCUUCCAUUCUGUUGUCGUACCGGGCUUCCGUGUGCUGUAUCUGUGUUCGUGUGUUUCAGGCAGCUGGGUGACAUACCACCGGUAGCGGACGUCACGGUCUCAAGGAAGUGCCCAGGCAAGGUUUUGUUGCUGGCAUGCGUACCGGUAUAUUCCUAAACCCUCUCCCCUUGCUGCACAUAUCAUCAAUUUUCUCCCCUUGUUGUAGCACAACUGCGUAGCUCACUUGUCGGCGGUUGGCGGUGUUGGUGGGUGCUUGUGGCAUCAGCCUUGUAUGGUCGAUUGUGCACGUUGUACGGUAACAAUGCAUGUUACCCCCACCAGUAAGCCUCGACGCGUGGGUGAGCAUUUUCGGCUAAUGGGACUCCUGUCCAAUCAUGGCUGUGCGCAGCUGUGCGGGUACAGGUCUUCACGCUUUGGCGCUUCUUUGGGACCCACCCAACCCGUUGACUUAGUGGGUGAGUUGGUGCCUUGGGAUUGCCAACCUGUUUACGCUAUGGGGAACCUAGUCGCACCUUGCAAUGAAAAGUCGUUCUCUUAGAUUCCCCUCCACAUGAACCCUUUGCAUUGUACAUGCCUAGCACCCAUGCCUUUCGAAGGACCGAGGCGGGCACAGGGAAAGAGAUGGUGCGACGACGGUUGGCUGGCAGAUGCCUGUCCCAGCCUACGAAAUGAAGCAACAUUGACAUUAUAGUUAAGUUACACUUAGAACUAGAGCAUAGAGCUAUGCACGACUCUUUUCGUAGAUGCCGUUUUGGGCUUUGGUUAAUCUUUUGUCAACCGCUUAUUACGCGCAGUGAUCACGUGUCACAAGCAAGCAGUAGAGCGUUUCUCCGCUGUGCCAACAUUUCGCCAGGCUUCCUUUCUGGCAUUCACGACAUAGCCUGGCAGCUUCUAAUCUUAGCUCCUUCAUACCCUGGACUUUCGCACACAAUCCAUUUGACAAAACAAUUCAGCCUGAGAAAGCAAACCAAGCCAUCAUCUUAUACCAUUCCUAAAUCCAAACAACGUCUCAUUACGCAUCUGGGCAGCUCACAUCGCGCACUAUGCGACGGUUGGUGCUCGGACCAGCACACCUGGUCGGUGCUGCUCUCCUCUGCACGUUCCUGCAGGUACCAAGGACCCUAGGCCUAGCACAAAGCGCUGCGCAAAAUCUGCAAUUGCAAGGCGCGUCUGGUUCAACCUCGAGCGCGACGUCGUCGUCGUGCCCUUGCGAGCGUACGGAACUCUGCGCGUUCGUAAAUGCGGAGCAUGAACGGGAGUUCCUUGGAUUCUUCUUUCCGUACGACCAACCGAUCGACACGUACGACUGGAGCCAAAUCACGGCGCUUGCUUGGGUUCCAAAACACCGUGUCGAUGUUGUCUGCGCCGCCCAUGCGGCAGGCGUUCGAGUGGUCAUCAACGCAGAGGACGUGUCCAUGCCGCUAUCGGACGCCGGAAUCCGGAAAGAGUGGAUCUCACGUCAAGUGGCCGUGGCUCGGGAGUUUUGGUACGACGGAAUCAACUUCGACUACGAACUCCCUACAAAGAUGGGGUCCGAGCUCGCCCGCAAUUACACACAGCUGGUUCGGGAGACGGCGGAGGCCUUCCGACAGCUCAAUCCGCACGCGCAGAUUUCCGUGGAUGUUCCCUGGGCAGCGUUCGGCAACGACGGCCGGGAUUACGACUAUGUGGGCCUUGCGGAGGCAGCUGACAGACUGUUCGUUAUGUCGUACGACAUGCAGGCCCAGAUCUAUGGUCGCUGCGUUGCCGCUGCAAACAGCCCCCUGCCUCAGGUAUUGAAGGGGCUGCAACAGUAUUUGGACCUGGGCAUCUCCCCGCGCAAACUCAUCUUGGGCGUGGCUUGGUACGGUUACGACUACGCCUGCCAGCCUGACGCGCGGGGAGUGGUUCCGGAGCCGGAUGCUGACAUCUGCCCCAUCGCAGCGGUGGAGUACCGGGGCAGUCCAUGCAGCGAUGCCGCGGGGGCGCAGCGGGCCUUCCAGGAGUUCAUGCAGGUGCUGCGGUCGGGUCGCAACAGCACCCCACUGCUGUGGGACUCGCUGGCGGGCAGUCCGCGAUUCAACUAUCUGGAGCCAGCAGGGGCAGGGGCAGCAGGGGC